AUGAGUUUUAUGUUCCCGGUUGCACACGUGGAGUGUGUCGUGCCGCUCUCUGCGGGAGAGGCCUGUCCGCUCAUCCACACGCGGAGCACCGGGAGCUCCUGCCGUGUUGGAGCCAAGGGCGCCUCAGUGCAGAGCUGCCGCUUCAGCCCCGUGUUCCUGCAGCAGCCCGGGCUUGGGUGCCCGUUCCUCCUCCACCAGCUCCAACUGGAGUUUGACCCACUUGAGGACUGGGCAAACGGGCCAAACCUGGAGGAGGAGGAGGAGGAGGAGGGCCACAGGAGUCAUUUGGUUGCUUCAGGGAGCGGAGUUCCCUUGUGCAGAGGACCCCUUCUGCAGCGCGUACCUCCGACGCAGGAGCUGCUUGGAGCCGUGUUUUCCGUGGCCGCGGAGGAGCGGCACGACAAGGGCAGCGUCACGGCUGCCGUCCCAGUGUUCCCAACCGUGGCGGUUGAGGAAAGGAUUGCUGUGCUCGGUGGGCUCCGAGCGCUGCCGCGCGUGCGGAGGGGGUGCAGUGUCGAUGGCAGCAGCGUGUCGGCGCCGGCGCUCGCCACGCUCACCCUCGCGCUGCCCGAGCCGCCUCCUCGCGCACCCGCCAAGGGCGACGCUGCUGCCGCCUUCGUGGCUCUUUGCUUUGGGCUUGUGCUGGGCAUUGAUACCAGACCUAUACCAGAAUUUGUGUUUUGUCUGCCCUGUGACCGUAAGCACGUCCCAUACUUCUCAAAUCUGUGCCCGUCACAAGAAGUGCCCUGCCACGGAGAUGGGCUGCAGUGCGGCCCUGCGAGCGCAGGGGAAGGGCUGCGAGAGCUGCUGCACGGAGAGACCCCCCAGCUGCGGCGCUCAGCCCGCCCCGACCCCGUCCCUCGCGACGGGGCAGCCGACCCCGCAGGAGCCCCCAGGCGCCGCGGCUCGGAGCUCUGCCCUGCCUGGCUGCGGCUCCGCGGCUGCUGGGGCUGCCUUGGGGGCGAGGGGGCCCCGCAGUGCCCUGCCCUGGUGACUGCGGGGCUGGGCUGGCUGCAGAGCAGGCACGAGGCGGGCGCUCUGGGGAAAGGGGUCCUAGGGACCCUGUGCGCGGUGCUCGGGUCGCGGCAGCCGCGGGGCUCAGCACCUCCGCCGCGCAGCGUGUGCCUCAACGCUCCUGGCCGUGCCGCAGCUGCAGUCCAGUCCACCAACAAGGUCAUCUGCUCCUCACCCCUCUGCCCGGCCUACCGCAAGGAGGUGGUGGGCAUGGUGGACGACCGCGUGUGCAAGAAGUGCCCCCCGCAGCGCCUGAGCCGCUUCCAGGAGGAGUGCCACAAGUACCGCACGCUGGUCAUCAAGGGCGUCCGUGUCUUCGACCUGGCCGUCUUGGCCCCGCUCAUGCAGGACCCAUCCCUGGAGCUCAAAGUCAUCCACCUGGUGCGCGACCCCCGCGCUGUUGCCAGCUCCCGCAUCAAGUCCCGGCACGGGCUCAUCCGGGAGAGCCUGCAGCUGCUGCGGAGCCGGGAGGGCAUCUGCAGCAGCAUGGCCAAGACCCUGCAGACCGCCCUGCACCCCCCCGACUGGCUCCGGGGCAACUACCUGGCCGUGCGCUACGAGGACCUGGUGGUGGAGCCCAUCAAGACCCUGCGACAGGUCUACGGCUUCGUCAACCUGACGGUCAGCCCGGAGAUGGAGAAGUUCGCCCUCAACAUGACCAGCGGGCCGGGCUACUCCUCCAAGCCCUUCGUGGUGUCGGCCAGGAACGCCACGCAGGCGCUGAGCGCCUGGAGGACCGCGCUCAGCUUCCCGCAGAUCAAGCAGGUGGAGGAGUACUGCCAGCAGCCCAUGGCCCUGCUGGGCUACGAGCGGGCCGGCAGCCCCGAGGAGGUGAAGGACCUCAGCAGAACGUUGCUCAGGAAGCCGCGGCUGUGACGGGUGCGCGAGCCCGGCCCUCCUGGCUUGAGGGAGGGAGGGAGCCGGGAAAAGCAGCCUGGUUUCUGAUUUCCUCCAAAGAACUGCUGAAGGGUAACAUACAGUAAUGCGAUGAUUUAUUUCUUUUUCUCCUUCUUUUCUUUUUUUUUUUUUUUUUUGGUGUUAUAUACAAUUAAAAA